CAUUCAGUUGCUUGGGGCUUCUCCACUAGGGGAGAUGCUAGUCUAACGCUACCGGCACAGCGUCCAACAUUGUUUUUUUUUUUUUUUUUUCAAAAACAAAUUUACCUCCGAAAAUCUAAAUUCCCAGCGCACCUUUUUGGCUAUUUGGGUUUUCCUGAUAUGUCCCGAAAACAUAGGUCGUUGUCAUUAUGAAAAGCAGAAGCUCCCCCAAGCCGGAGGUUGUGGACAAACGUCGCGAGCGCGCCGAGACUCGUCGCAACUAUGGGAAUCUAGUAUCCAGUCACAAUAUAAUCGCAAUGCGUCAGAAGCAACAGGCAUUGGCGGAGCAGGCACAGGCCCAGGCCAUGAAGAGUCCUGGCAGUCAACUGGCUGGCGGUACAGCUGCUUCCAGGCACGAGGAAAACUCAUUGCGUCGCAUUGCCUCGAGCUUUGCCCAUGUCUGUGACCUGCAAAGUGGCUGCUUGGAUGCCUUGCCACUGGAGGAUAGCGAGCAGGAUGCCAAAGAGGAGCGUGCCGAGGUUUUAAUUUGCAGCCAAACGAUGCCCAUGCCAAUGGACAUUCCAAAUGCAACACUUUCAACCACAGUUCCCGACAAGCAACAAUUGGACUUACCGCUGGCCAGCGAAAAGGAUGGCAAACACGAUUCGGAAACCAGAUUGGCAAAAAUAUUACCCUACACCAUGCAGCUGGAAUCGCGGGCCACCGAACGCUGGAUGCGGGUGAGCAGCACCGUGUCCGCUCUGUUCCGAGCUCGUCGGAACAUUGGUGUUGAGGAAACACCCACAGCUCAGACUCGACGGCUGCGGGAGCAGCGUGAGCUGCUUGAGGCCUUCACCCGACCCUUUCUGUAUGAGCCAACCAGUCGGGAUUAUCCGGAGAUCGGAGCUCAGGGGAGGGCCGAGGAUCCAGCAUUUUAAAAUCAGAAUGAAGCAUAUCAACUUUACACCCAUUGAAAUUCGCCGGAACAUUGGACUAAUGUUGUCAAAUCAAAUUUAAUUCAUUGGACCUUGCUUGGUAGAAGGCAUACAA